AUGGUCGGAACUUUUUCGCCUCCACUGUACGGGAUAUCUCGUCUCCGACCACCUCGCCCCUCGCCCACCACCCACUACUCCCUCCUCCUCAACCGACAAGGACAAACAACCAGACCCAUCGCUUCUCCUACCGACUCGUGGGAACGCCUCGAUGCCAUAGUCCUUCAAUGGAUAUAUGGCACCAUCUCCACGAGCCUACUCAAAACGGUCAUAAAAACCAAAAUCACCGCCUAUGAUGCCUGGAAAGCCAUUGAAUCCCUUUUCCAAGACAACAAAGCUACUCGUGCCCUCUACCUAAAACAAAAAUUCGCCACCAUCCGUCUAGAGAAUUUUCCUAACAUGAACGCCUACUGCCAUGAGAUCAAAGUCUUGGCAGAUCAACUCAGCAAAGUUGACGCGCCGGUCGACGAACAGUCCCUCGUCCUUCAAACCUUGGCUGGCCUCACCGAACAAUACGAGACCGUGGCUACUAUUCUUCAGAACACCAAGCCCCUUCCCUCCUUCUUCGACGUCCGUUCACAGUUAUGCAUGAACGAGACCGCCAAAGCCAACCAAGCUAUGCACUCUGCCUCCCAAGCCGCUACUGCCCUACACACUCAAAGCCAAAGUCGGUCCUCUCCGUCGACCAACUCCGCUCCCCAGGCUCCAUCUGAGGCCCGGUCGGACUCCCACCGUGGCCGAGGACGUACUCGCGGACGUGGCAGAGGCCGCUGCAACUUCUCCCAGCCGGGUCGGACUCGCGGCUCAACCUCCUACACCGGUCAAUCACCACACCCCUACAUUGUCUUCCCCUAA